UGAUUCAAAUUGUGAAAUGUUACAUAACGUGGUUUACAAUACAUCUGAGAGAUUACUGGAGAAGAAUUCCUCCUAUGAUUAUGUUUAUCUUCUCAACCCACAAAAGGGUUACAAUGAAAGUUGUUUUAACGAUGAAAAUGAAAGAGUCAAAGACUGCGCUGAUAUCUAUCAUAAAGAAAUAAAACAAAGUGGAAUUUAUAAAAUUAAUCCCGACGGACAGGGAAGUUUCAAAGUGUUUUGUGAUAUGACAACAUCAGGUGGAGGAUGGACUGUAUUUCAACGUCGUCUUGAUGGAAGUGUUGACUUCUACCGAGGAUGGCAAGAUUACAAACAAGGUUUUGGUAACUUGAGCGGGGAAUAUUGGCUUGGACUUGAUAAAAUACACAAGAUGACAAAUAUUUUAGAAAAUGAACUUCGAAUCGACAUGGAAGAUACAUCUGGAAACACCAGAUACGCUCAUUAUGAUUCAUUUAAUGUCAGCAGCGAAAGUGAGAAAUACAAGUUGAAUGUUGGGGGUUAUCAUGGUACAGCAGGAGACUCGUUAUCAUAUCAUAACAAUAUGGAUUUCAGCACCAAGGAUUCUGACAAUGAUAUUGCGAAAAUCAACGUUAACUGUGCGGUGACAUUCAAAGGAGCCUGGUGGUAUCGUGGCUGUCAUUAUUCCAAUUUAAAUGGUUUGUAUCAUUAUGGCAAUCACACAUCGUACGCUGAUGGAAUCAAUUGGCUCCAUUGGAAAGAUCAUUAUUAUUCUCUGAAAUCAACGUCGAUGAAGAUACGACCACGUGAAUUUGGAAAGAAUAAAUAAAGUUGUUGAACGAUAA